AUGAUCGCCUCCCGUGCCUGCACUAUUCUCUCGCUGGCCCUUGGCGCCAUAGCGGUGCCCUACAACACCUUCGACGGACCCGGAUAUCCCGCCUGUCGGGAUGUCGCCGCCAUCCACACCCCAACCAGCGUAGACGAGAUCCAAUCCCUCGUCCAAGAUGCGAUCCGCGCCGGCCAGAAAGUCCGCGCGUCCGGCAAAGGCCACAUGUGGUAUGAUACCAUGUGCUCCGACGACCCUAACACAGUCAUCAUUCGCACCGAGGAGACCAACCGCAUCUACGACUUGGACCUGGAAGCCGGCACCGUCAUGAUCGAGGCGGGUGUGACCUUCCUCCAGCUCGCGGACUAUCUUCAUGCUCAUGGAGCUUCCGCCGGAUACACCUUGGUCAACUGGAAUAUUACGCUGGCCGGCUGCGUGGCCAUGGGCGCCCAUCGGUCGUCGAUCCGUGAGGAUUCCAUGGUUGCGGCGGGUGUGCUGGCGCUGGAUAUCAUCGACGGCCAUGGGAAUCUGCGCCAUCUUGAGCGUGAUAAUGAGGAUGACACCUGGUUGGCGGCAUCGACGUCGCUGGGGCUGAUGGGUGUCAUUGUGCGAAUGAAGUUUAAGAUCUAUCCUGACUUCAAGGUGUACGCGGAUCAGAAAACACUCGACGAGGAAGACGUCCUGAAUGGAGACAUCUACGGCAUGAUCAGCCCGUAUGCCACCGCCAACUUCUGGUGGUGGCCGUACAAGAAAAAGUUCCACUGGCGAUACUACGACGUGGUGCCCACAAACACCAGCGACCAGCAAGGCUUCCAAAACACCUUUUCCGUCACCAAGCUCGAGGCGACCGCCAUCAAGGGGAUCUGGGAGAGCGGCCGAUUCCUGGCGACAUCCAACAUGCUUGCAGAGGAGAUCCUCUUCGGGCAGUGGGAGAAGCCCAAUUUCCGCGAGAAGACGACCAACAAGGCGAUUGACGAGUGGCCCGUGUACGGGUGGAACUACGACGUCCUCAUCGGCGGCCUGUAUCCCGACCAGCGCCCGGUCUGGGACUACGGGCUGCACGGGCACACCCUCGAGCUGGCGUUCCCGAUCCCACAGGCAAACGCCAUGCUCAAGCGCGUGCGCGAGCUGUUCGACGCGGAGGCGAAGAAGGCGCUGAUCAUGACGUCCACGUAUCGCAGUGGGAUCAACAUCAAGUUUGGGCGGCCGUAUUUCGACCUCUUGGGCCAGGUCACGUACGGCACUGCCGACGGGGCGGAUUGGUCCAAGGGGGUGAUUAUGCUGGAUUUUCCGAGUUAUCGGCCGGAUAAUGGCAAGCCGCGAUUCAACGAGCCUUUCUAUGAGAAUCUGGCGAAGACCUUGGUGAACGAGUUUCCGUGUCGUCCGCACUGGACCAAGAACACAAGAGAGGUGUUUGCCAUGGCCGCUAAGAACUUGGAUCCUGACCAUAUUGCCCGGUUCAAGGCUGUUCGAGAGAAGUUCGACCCCCAGGGAGUGUUCCGCAGCGUCAUCGGGGAGACCAUUGGUGUUUAUUGA